GAUAAAGGGGCAAAAAACUGGAGUAAGUCCAAAUGAUGAUUGGUUUUUGCAAGCUGAGUGAAAGACUAUUCACUGCAGUUUAUGACGUCACGUUCUCAUUCUCACGAUCGCCAUUUUAUCGGGAUCUACGUUGUUCUCGUGUUGCAUUCUCGUCACUUCUUCUCGCUGUUUCCGCGAAAAUUGAGGAUCAACUCAAAGUGAAACAUGUCUCGCCGUACAGCAAGGGCCCACAGCUCUGGUCAGAAGCGUAAACAUUCUGAUGAAGAUAUAGGAACACCUGUUGACCUUGAAGAAUCACCAUCUAAGACCAAGAAAAGUCGACAGAAGCUGUUUAAAGAUGACUUGUCAGGCUCACAAGUUUCUCAAACACCUGAAUUAAUGGAGGAGGGCACACAAACAGAAUCAAGUGAGUUCAGCACACCUCUGGAAAAAGUUUCCCUAGAUAAUGCCAGACCCAGGUAUUCAGAAAUAGAGAAACGUGCUAUAGACGCUAGGAGGAGGCUGGAUGCAUCAAUCACCCAACAGCAUGACAGUUCCAUUAUGAAGAAAUCUAUGGCUCUUUUGAAGAAGACAAUGGACUUACACUUCAAGUCAGUGACGGCCAGACUGCAAGCUUGCCAGAAGUCCAACAAGAGACUUGAAAACGAGAUUGAGGAACUCAAGUUGGCUCUGGUGCGAAAGAAAACACAACGUCCAAGACAAAAGAGCCUCACUGACAAACAACCCAAGCCCGUCAAGGGUCCCAGACCUCACACUGUGGUGGUGACCGUACCCGAUGAACAGCUGGAUGAUCAGCUAAGGUCUUUGAAGGCAGAACAGAAGGAGACGGAGAACACCGAGGAGAUUCAAGGUGAAAAGCCUCAGGAUAUGGAACUGGAAGAAGAGUUAAUCGUGGAUCAGAAGGAGAUCAACUACGAGGGUGACCCCAAGCCGUCGCAUAGCUCUGAUGGCAACUUCACAUUCAUCACACUCAAUUCUGAAGAGGACUAUCCAAACGGGUCCUGGUUAGGCGAUGUGAGUAGUCCAGCCAUGAGGGUUAGGUGUAAAAUAAACCCCACGGAGAUGGUGCACAUAAUGAACAUGUACAAGACAGCUGAUAAGCUGGCUCUCAAGUUACUGGAUCUUCUGUUUGACAAAGAGAUGCAGGCUGUCUCCAAUCUAUCUGGUACUGGCAAACAUAAAAAGAAGAAGCUCGACCCGUUGCUCAUCUACGGCAUUCACUGUCAUCUUGUGAAGCACUGUGGGAUCACGCACGAAGACUGGUAUCGGAUCAGGCAGAAUAUAGAUUCCAAGUGCCGCACGGCAUUUAGGCGCAAACAGAAGGGCCUGGAACUCUACCCCAAACAGAUUAAGAAAGAAAGAAGUUCUUUGACCAGUCCAUACACAACAGAGGCUUAUCAGCACAGCCAUGCUGUACACCAUCUCCAGCAGGUGGUCAACGAGUUACAGACCAUACCAUCGGAAGGCUUGACUGGUAUCGCUAUCAUCCAGGAGCAGCCUGAUGGGAGCAGUACUGUGGAGACCGCCUCCUCAUCCACGUCAUCUUUGGUAGGACACAUCCUCAACCAGGAUGGGGGUGAAAUUGCACCCGACCAGCUCAAAGAGGUAAUAGCCCAGGCUGGAAACGGUAAUGAGAUUCAUCUAACGAAUGGCCAGACCAUCGCCAUAUCUCAGUCGGGAGAACUGGAGAUCAGAGAAGUCCAUCUAGAAGUCUCCAAGGAAUGAGUUUCAGUCACCAGACCAAGAAAUUAUAUCAAAGACAUGCUAUUCUCUUUUCUUAGCUAGUAUAUUCUGUCCACAAGACUUGGAUUUAAUCUGCAUGUGUAGGGCAUUGCUAGACUAUUCAUAAUGAUAAUAAUAAUAAUCUGGAUUUAUAUAGCGCUUAAUAAGGAAUACCGUCUCCAAGCUCUUAAAAGAUAUUAUUACCCCAGUCAUCAUUUUAGAGUCAAAUGAAUGGACCCCUAUACCACUACAGCUCCACAUCUUAGAGAUAAUUAUAUUUUCAUGUAAGAUGCAUUUCCAAUGGUGAGGAAGUACAUGUAUAGCAUGUUUAAAAAAAGACUUGAUACAUACAUGUAUUUGAUAAGGGGGGAGUCAUUUUUCAAGCAGAGAAAAGCAGAAAGGAAGCAUACGUUUGGAAUUCAUUAAAUUUUAUCCAUUUUGAUUAGAGACUAUAUGUAUUUAUUGUGUGUGAUGGGAUUGAUUAUUUUCUCAUUUACAUGUCUUUCUAGUACAUGUAUAUAAUGUAUUGUGUAUAAAAUGUUAACAACAAAUAAUUCAUGUCUUUGUAGUUUUGUGUCCGGGCAAGAAAAUAUACCCGAUUAUUACCCGUAUCAGACAUCUGAGCUGGUCAUUUA